UCUUAGUUAUGAUAGGUUGUUUUCAUAAGGUUGCAUUCCUUCUUGAUGACGUCACUCUCCAUAAUUUUUAACCCUUUAGUAUUUCAAGAUGGCGGCCGUUAGGAGGCAGAAAGCAAAUGAGACAGUUUUCGACAAAUCCUUACCAUCAAAGUCCAAACCAGAAGUUAAUAUCAGUACUUUUGCCUUCUUGUUCUCUGAAGUGGUUCAGUACAACCAGCAGAGGGUUACCUCAUUAGCCCAGCUUCAUGAAAAAUUGGCUGAUUUAGGACGUCAUGUUGGUUUCAGGAUGAUUGAUUUGUUGUGUGUGAGGGACAGAGCUCCGAAAAGAGAAACGAGAAUCGUCAACAUUUUGUGGUUCAUACAGAAGACAGUCUGGAAGACUUUGUUUGGUAAAGAAGCUGAUCGGCUUGAGCAGGCUACAGCAACUGAAGCAACUUAUUAUUUAUUUGAAGAUGAGCCGCUAGUUAAUAAAUUUGUUUCAGUACCAAAGGAGCAGAGCAGCUUCAAUUGUGCUGCCUUUAUGGCUGGGACUGUGGAAGCAUUUCUUUGUGGAGUACAAUUUCCUUGUAGAGUGAAGGCUUUCUUAGUUAAGGAACAGACUACGACAGCUUUUGAAAUAACUUUUGAAGACUCAGUCAUAGAGAGAGAUAAGAGAUUGGAGGCGAACAAAUAAGAAUAGCUUAAACCACAACAUUUAUUAAUUAUUAUUAAUAUUGUUUUUAUGUUU